GAGCCUAUUCCACAGCAGCCAGAAGCUUGCAGGGAAACAGCUGCACAGAAAUAAUAGCCUUGCUGUCAUCUACAGAACACCAGGAGCAACAGACAAAAUGUCACGCAACUUAAGGUGCAUGAUAGUCGUCUUACUUUCCCUGGCAUCAGUCACGUCUGCCCAAAACAGAGUGUCUCGUGUGGCUCAGAAAGGCACAAGUUUUGGGUUACGCUUGUUCCAAGAGGUUCUUGCAGACCAAUGGGGAAAGAACCUGGGCUUCUCGCCUUAUGGGGUAACUUCUGCCUUGAGUGUCCUUCAGUCGGGUGCAGCUGGGACGACACUGGAUCAGAUUCGCAAAGCUCUAAAUUAUGGACAUAAAGAAUGGGCAGUGGCCUUGGCACUAAAUAAACUUCGGGAGCAGAUUUCUGGACAGCAAAAAUCUGCUGAAGACCCCAAGCCGGUACACAUUGCAGAUGGUCUCUUUGUACAGCGGGACCUGUCGCUGACCCCAGGCUUUCUCCAAAGAUUUCAAGCAACUUUCCACCGACACCUCAGCCAGGUCAAUUUUACUGAUGUGGCCCAAGCCAAGGACAUCAUAAAUCAAUGGGUAGAGAACAAGACAGAUGGAAUGAUCAAAGAUUUAGUGGGCAGCAACAACAUACCCCCACUGACCCGCCUUGUGCUAUUAAGUGCUGUACACUUCAGUGGCAAAUGGACUGUUCCAUUCCUAGAGAAGGCAACUCACCAGCGCCCCUUCUACAGAUCUGAUGGGUCUCAUGUGCAAGUUCAAAUGAUGGCCAACACUGGGAAAUACAACUGCAGUGAAUUCACAACCCCAGAUGGGGAUUUUUAUGAUGUGAUAGAGCUGCCAUAUGAAGGAGAGGAGCUCAGCAUGCUUAUUGCUGCUCCUUAUGAAAAGAAUGUUCCCUUAUCCGCCAUCACAAACAUCCUGACACCUGAGCUCAUUGCCCAGUGGAAAGCCCAAAUGAAGAAAGUAACACGUCUUUUAGUCCUACCCAAGUUCUCUCUGCUCAGCGAAGUUGAUCUGAAGAAGCCACUGGAACGUCUCGGAAUUACGGACAUGUUCACUCAAGAGACUGCAGACUUCAGCCGCUUGUCUUCUGAAAAACCACUGUAUGUAUCUGAAGCUUUUCAAAAAAUCAAGGUGGAAGUGACGGAAAAAGGCACAAGAGCAUCUGCAGCAACAGCUGCAAUCCUGCUAGCUCGAAUGGCUCCUCUGGAGGUUAUCAUGGACCAUCCUUUCUUGUUUAUGGUCAGACACAACCCAACAGGCACACUGCUAUUUGUGGGACAAGUCAUGGAGCCCUGAGGGGAAUGUUCUGUGCGUCCUGACCCCCCCUAUACCUGUGAGAUAGAUGGCGUCAACAAGACUCACCUGAACCCUAAAGUCUGCCUGUUGGGGGGGUGGGCAAGGAACUGGGCCAAUAGGGGAAAGGGGAGAAUAACGGGUAGUAUGAGAGCGCCAAGGAGUAUGAGUGUUUGAGCAUUAAUGAGUAUGGAGUACGACUGUCGUUGCCUUAUAAGUAAGAUUUUAUAGAGUACUGAUACUACUGAACUUGAGAAUGCAUUGUAAUUGAGCUUUUUUUAUAUUUAUUAAAUAUAUUUAUUUAUA